AUGUUGCAAGUGUAACAUUCAGAACCGGGUAACAUUCGGAGAUCGAACGCCGCGAUCGGCAACGUCGCAGGAGGAGCAGGCGGCGUCCCCCUCCCCCUCCUGCUUCCCGGGCUUGCGUGGAUCGCCGCUCGCUGAAAUGAAUGGCUGAGAGGGGCGGGGGCUGAAAGGAGGCGGAGGAGGAGGAGGAGGAGGCGGCGGCGGCGGCAGGAGCGGCAGCCGCGGCGGCGAAGAAGGAAGGAGGAGGAUCUGCUCGUUGCUUCCAUCCCGGGGGCCACCAUACAGGCAGCGAGAUCGCAGGAAAGCGCGCGGAAGCCCCCGUCGUCAUGCCUCGGAGCCGCUGCUAAAAACGCCGAAAGAGAAAUGCAGGGAUUCGUGAGGUUACGGGGCUCGGGCCGGAAGAUGUAAUCCCGGCGGUGCUUUCUCCGCGAGCCCAGAUAGGACACAUGCAGGCCAAAAAACGCUACUUCACCCUGCUCUCGGCUGGCACUUUCGUCGUCCUCCUGUUCUACUUCGGCGGCUUGCAGUUCAGAGCAUCCAGAAGCCAAAGCAGGCGAGAGGCGCGCAGUAGCAAGAAUGGCUUGCAGCGCCUCAGCCCCGAGCGCUACUGGCCCCGGUUCCCGGACGCGCUGCGCCCCUUCGUUCCCUGGGAUCAGCUGGAGAGCGAGGACUACAGCCGGCACGCGUCCCCUCGCCAGAAGCGCGACGCCAACACCAGCGUCUACAAGGGCAAGAAGUGCCGCAUGGAGUCCUGUUUCGACUUCGCCCUGUGCAAAAAAAACGGCUUCAAGGUCUACGUCUACCCGCAGCAGAAAGGGGAGAAAAUAGCCGAGAGUUACCAAAACAUCCUCGCGGCCAUCGAAGGCUCCCGGUUUUAUACUUCUGACCCCAGCCAAGCUUGCCUCUUCGUCCUCAGCUUGGACACCUUAGACAGAGACCAGCUUUCCCCCCAGUAUGUGCACAACCUGCGGUCCAAAGUGCAAAGCCUCCAUUUGUGGAACAACGGGAGGAAUCAUUUAGUUUUUAACUUAUAUUCCGGCACCUGGCCUGACUACACUGAGGACGUGGGCUUUGACAUUGGCCAGGCCAUGUUGGCCAAAGCCAGCAUCAGUACGGAAAACUUCCGGCCGAAGUUUGACGUCUCCAUCCCUCUUUUUUCUAAGGAUCACCCAAGGACAGGGGGAGAGAAAGGCUUCUUGAGGUUUAACACCAUCCCACCUCUGAGGAAGUACAUGUUGGUCUUCAAGGGUAAAAGGUACCUAACUGGGAUAGGAUCAGACACCAGGAAUGCCUUAUAUCAUGUCCAUAACGGGGAAGAUGUUGUCCUUUUGACCACCUGCAAGCAUGGCAAAGAUUGGCAGAAGCACAAGGAUUCUCGGUGUGAUAGGGACAACGCCGAGUAUGAAAAGUAAGUGAAGGCGGUUGGCCUCUCCCAUCGCCUUUCUUUGCACACGUGGCUGGGGUAACAGUGACAGAUUAAUGGCUUGCAAAUGUUCCAUGCAAUUCUCCAUCUCGCUCUCUUCCUUUUUGUCUUUUUUUUAAAUAUGCUCCAGCUAAAUCAUAGGCUUCUUGGGCCUGCUGGGUGUGUAGUGAUUUAUUUAUUUGUCUCCCUUAUUCCUGAUUCUCGGGACAAGGGUUCAGUUCAAUGGUAAGCUUAAAAAGCAGGUGCAACAGUGCAAG